UCUGGCGUUAGCAGAAAAAAAUAUAGCAGUUUCAGUUGUUUCAGUUCGUAGUAACAGGCUUUUGAGGACUAAUUCAAGUUUCUAAAUAUUCUUGCUGUUGAGAGGUUACUUGAAAGAAGACUCUUUCAAGUAUGUGAGGGUGUUUGAAGACAGCCCUGAAAAAGGUCAGCAUCUAUCACACCUGUUUCAAAUAAGUAAAUAAAGAGGCUGAGGAUCACUUCUCCAUACAAAUGGCUCAAAGGAUGUUUCAUGAAAGUGGACAAGAUGGCCGAUCAGUCCUGGGAAUGUUGGCAGUGCAGGUCGAGAGAGACCCCAAGACAGGUGCCACUGUCGUCAGGUCAGUGACCCCCUUCACCACAUCGGCUGGUGCUCCAAAUGCUACCACAGUCUUUGAUGAUGGCAGGAAGAGUGUCCACACUGUCUGUGGGUCAGGAGGUCCACCCUCGACUGAAGAGCUUGGGCAGAUCUUGAGCGUCAUUGAUGGGGUUGGGAUGAAAGCACUGCUUGAUAAAGUGACACUCAUGCCAAACAAGGCAGAGAUGAAGACUGAGAAUGUAGAAGCCAGUAAAAUGCCAAAGGAAAAAGUCCUGUCUUUUUCUAUCCAUCAUGCCAUGUCAAAAGAGAACAAUAUGCAGUUAGGCAGCUGCAGAAGCUAUGACUUGGAGGCUGAGCUGAAUAUAGACGACUGUGCUCUAAGUGUGGGAGAUGAGGAGGAUAAAAAAGAGGACAGAAGCAUCAUGGCAGUUAUAGACAUGGCAGGAAAAGUUGAUAACAUGGAGGAUCAAAGAUUGGAGGAAGGCCCCGUCAAUCUUGUGUUCCUGGGAUACAAUGAUGCCACAACUGGCCAAGAUCACAGCCAAGAGGACGAUGAAGGCAGGCUCACUGUGGAACAAGUGAUUAUCACUGAGGAUGGAGAAGAACAUGUCAUAGGACCUGAAAUGUCUUCUUCAUCUCCAACAUUAGACAAGCUACCAGGGCAAGAGGCAGGGAAAAAGUCCCAAGAUGAAGUAUUUCAGGACAUUCCCCUGGAUGGAAAUGGGGAAGGAGUUAAAAUCCAAGGUGAGAAUGGUGACAAGGGGCUGCAUAAUUCAUCUUCACCCAGCGUAGCAGAGGGAGAAGGCACUUCCAAGCGCAAAACCUGUCAGUGUUGCUCUGUCAUGUAAGAAAAGGAUUGAAGAGCAAGUCUCCCUCAUCAGGCUUAAUCAUAAAAUCUAUUGUGUUUUUAUACCCUUGUGCCUUUUAUUACAUACCAAAUGCUGCACUGCUGCCUUAAUGACUGAUAUAAUGAGAACAUAUACCACUACCUGGUAUGGUCUUACAAUGGUUUUGGCUCUGAGCAACCAACGUUUGACUUCACUUUGCCGAAGAAAGAGACAUUUAUUGUGUUGUAACUCUUUGCAGCAGCUGAUUAUCAGGAGCUACGAGGGACUAUUAAAAACCACUGCCUCCCCCUGGUGGACAAAGCUGAGAAUCUCAACAAGUACUGCUGCAGACAUACAAAUACUUGUUAUCUCAAAUGACUCCUCUUUUUCUCUGCCUUAUCAGCCAAAAAGAUUCCAUAUGUUUCACUGUGUUUCUUCCAGGAAUGGAAAAUGCCGAAGAGCAGAAGAAGCAUAUUUUGUUUGUGGCACAAGUAUUUUUCUGAGACUAAUCAUGGUCUGAUUCAUGGUGAUUUAAUGUUAAUUGGACAUUUUAAAUAAUUAGUGACAUUUGUAACAUCCGUUGGUAAUUCUAAAAUUUUACUAUCUUACCCAUGACUGCUCAGGGC